AUUCCAAGUUCUUCCCUCUUUGUUGUUUCUUUUGCAGACAGGAACUAAUGCCGACUCAGCUUUUUUUAGUUGUGUCUUUCCUCUUCGUCCUCAUGAACAACGCUCGUGCACUGCCCUUUUCUUGCGAGCUUUCUCUACGGGUUGCCCGCUGCAGGCGCUGGACCGAAUCCAGAGGGCCUUCGCUUCCUCAUCACCGUCCUUGAUGUGCCACGCACAGGUCUGUUUCGGGCGUAACUCCAUGCUUUUUAUGUUUCAUGGUCUGUAGCUGCUUUUUUGAAGUAAAGGUGGCACAAAAACGAGACGUUUUUAGUCCAUCAUUCCGUCGAGUGCGAAGACUCACUUGCGUCUUACCGCCUGCGGUUGCGAAUACAGCUCCUUUCUGCGGUGAUGCCCCGGCGAAGCAGCCACACGAAACUCUCAGUCUUUGAGGCUGUGCUCACCCGUUUACCUCCACGUUUUUAAAGGCAGUGUGUCUACCUGAGGAACUGCUGACGCACUUACAAUUCUGAGGCGAUCUAAACAGACGAUGGAGGCGUCCAGUGCCAACGCCUCCCCGGGUGGUGCUUCGACGCAACAGCAUUCUGGAUGCCUUGCUGAAAGCGAGAAAGAAGCGACCUCCGGUACGUUUGCAGUGCCGGAGGCUCUGGAACACAUCCGCAAGAACGCCUUCGGCCAACAUUCAGCCGAGACUGGCGCCGCGAAAGCCAAGGGAAGUUCAGCGGAGCUUCAGGGCUCUCCCCAGCCGCAAGGGAACGCGAGUCUGCUUCCGCCCGGCACUGUCGACAAGAAAGCAGGCUACGUCUACGAGCCUCCACCCUGGGGACUCGGCGGUGUCCAUACAGCGACGGAGGAAGCCAUCCAACAGGCAUGCGGUCAUCCCGCGUUUCCCGACUUGGUGCUCGAAGUCAUUCGGGAAGGCGUCAUCGUCGACCUGAUUCCACUAAAGGGCAGAGGCUGGUGGCUGCUCGGCAGCCUGAAGGAAACGGCUCAUGUUCUUUACGAGCAUCCGUUUGUGUCGCGAAGACACUUAGCUCUGCAGUUUGCAGCGAAGCCUCCGUUCAACUUGUACUGCAUCGAUCUUCAGAGUUCGUACGGGACCGUAUGCAACGGCAUACGCCUCAAGCCCCAGGAGCCUUUCUUGGUGUACAGAGCGCGGCGGGCAUCCGCCGAAGUUUCUUCUUCGAACUUCGCGGAGAUUCCUUCUCCGCCCUCGUAUGGGACCUGCGAGACCUCUGCGAAUGCAUGCGCAACCGAGGAGGAGCCCCGGGAAGAUGCCCUGAGCGAGCAGGAGUCGGUGUUUGUUGUUGGAGGCCGUGAACACACGCGUCGCAUCUUCGUGGUUAAACGGAGAGUGGAGGGACCUGCGUUUCCGUUCGACUCAGAAGAAGAGUCUGCACAGACAGCAGCUCCUCGAGGGGCGAAGCAAACAGAGAAGAAGUCCAAGGACUCGAGGAAAGAACGGAUACGCGAGAAAUCGGCGCCUCGCUCCGUGGACAGUGGAAAGACGCAUGAGAGUUGUUCGAAUGGAAGAGGCACUCCGGACGAGUCGGAUCCGGAAACAGUGGGCCAGGAGAGACGCCGGCGAGCAUCGCAAGCUUCCUUCGGACAGCAGCAGCCAAGGUCAGGAGACACAGAAAUCCGGGAGAACAACGCGUUUGCUGAGAGCGGCGAGAUAGUCGAAGGGGAGAAGGGAGAGGCGUUUCUCGAGGAACUGAAGAAAGCGAGAGAAAAGCGGAAGGGGCAGAGCGAAGCCAUCGAGUUGAAGAGCCGCAAAUUCGUCGGGAAACAAGACGACCAGGAAGUUUCUCUGGAUGAGGACGAGGAAGAAGAGGAGACUCCGGAAGCGCGAGAAAGGCGAGAGCGACUGGAGGCGAACUGUGAAGCCAUGAUGUUCGACGAAGACGACGACUUCUUUGACCGCUCUGCAGGUGGGGAGAAGCGCGGAUCCGACGCUCAAAAGAAACGAAAGAAGACGGAAGAAGAACCGCUGACGGAGGAGAAACUAGAGCGGCGAGUGGCUGCGUUAAGACGACAACUCGCAGAGUCCGCUGCAGAGUUAGCUAGGAUUUCAGAGAAAGAAAGUGAGCAGAAAGGCGACGGUAAGUCCGAGUCCAGUACCCCGUCGGAGAAAGGAGCUGACGACGACGGGGAUGCGGAUGACUCGCUCGAUGCCUUCAUGAAAGGCGUCGAACAGUCACUCGUCAGUCAGGAGAAACAGAAAGUGAAAGAGAAAAUAAAGACUCUGAAGGCGGAACUAAAAGACGCGAAACGUCUCCUUGCGUUCGCGAAGGCGUAGAACUGUCGAAACAAGCCAAGUCAGGGAUCCAAGGAUCAGUGAGAGAGUGCAGGGUUGGUGUCAGGCGGCUAUUGCGGAUAAAAGCUACAGACAUUCGUGUGUCGGCACACACAAGCUGCCGUAUCCAUACUCCAGCGACAGUUCCUGAGAGUGCCGUUUCGUCGAUUGUCAAGUGUCUUGUGUACAGAAAUCGAAGAACCGAAUCGGCACACGUUUGGCAUUGCUGGGGGACUUCCUUGUCACACGGG